UGAGGUAUUAGCCAUGCGGUGUUCCAUAAUUAUAUUUGUAUUAUUUGCGAUAACCUUUGGGAGAACUCGGUCCCAGCAUUGUGAUGUGGAUGAAUCUGAACAUAAGUGCGGAGGAUACUGUUACGCAGCUGUGAAACCGGCCCUGGAAUACCUCGCCAUCCUCCAAAAACGUGUGGCGUCCUACGAGGCCAAUCAGCCUGCUGACACUGCCUCGAAAAUUUUACUAAUAGAUGAAAAAUUGAAGACUUUGGAAGGACAGACGGCCAUCCAGGAGGAAUUAUUAAAUUCAAAAAUACAAAAAUUGGAGCAACAGCUUGCAUCAGUGCAGGAAACAAUAUCAAAACUGAAGCCUAAAGUUUUCGAGCCAUUCAAAAAAAUAGAUUCAAAGUACUAUUACAUAGAACAUGAAAAUAAGAAAACCUGGCACGGUGCUUUGAAGAAAUGCCUUGAGAUGGGGGCCCAAUUGGCAAGUGUGCAAAACGAGAAUGAGAUGAAGGCACUUCGCAGCAGGCUGAAGCCUCACCAGAAGUAUUGGAUUGAUCUGAACGAUCUAGACAAGGAAGGAGAAUUUAUUUCGGCCACUACUGGUGUCAAAGGAACAUUUUUCCACUGGUAUAAAGGCGAACCCAAUAAUUUUGCGAACUCUGAAGAUUGCGUCGAUCUUACUUUUGAGUAUGCAAUGAGCGACAGAUCUUGCGAUCAGACUCAUUACUUUAUCUGUGAGCUGUCGUCUGUGGAUUGAACCAGCGCACAACUAAAUAAAAAUAGUAGAACAUUUUCUUUGGGUGGGUAAAAA